AUGGCUGAAGCACAAGUCUUGCCUCGUGGCCAAGGCGAGCAACAGCGAGAGGGAGGUGGAAGUGGCUUCAGCUUUAACAAGCUUCUUCUCGGUGGCGCCGUCUACUUUGGCCUCAAUGCGGCCAUCAACUUCGCCAUGAAAAAGGACCAGAAGGGAGUCACCAUCACCAACCCCGAGACAGGCGAGGCCAUCAAAGUCCCUGGCAACGUGGAGGGUAUCCCCCCUUUCGAGCUUCGUCCGAAGGAGCUAAAUGAGGGUGCGACGUAUCAUAACCUUCCCAAGAAUAUCGCGCCCAUCUGGCCCCAAGACAGCCACGUCGACAUCAUUGUGACCCUCUCCCAGUCGUUCAACCCGGAUCCCAUCUCGCAAGUUCCCGAGGAAUAUCUUGUGCUCCAAGAGAAGGAUUUUCAUCUGAGCAACAAGACCGACAAGCGAACGGUCGAGACAAAGUUUACGGUUCCACCUGCGGUUCAGCACAAUGGUACUCUCUGGGGACAUUUCUAUAUUGGCCUUCCUGGAAGCAAUCUCGAUCCCAAGCAGCCUGGCUACGACACGUCCAAGGCAUACUACUUCACCUGGCCAUUGACCCAGUAUCUUCCUAAGAAGAAGGUUGCCAAGACACGCAACCUGCUCGACGAUAUGCCCAAGCGUGAUGAGCCUGUAGAAGAUGAGCCGAACGGUCCUGUCAUUGCCAAUUACUACCAUCCUAAUGCAAGUCUUUCUUUCGUCCCCGAUUUGGGGGUUAGGGACUAUGCCACGCUGGCUCCUCAAAUGCGACAGUAUAUGCGACUUGAGGCCACUGGUGCACGAGAUGGCUCGGGCAAAAAUGCCUGGUACUAUCCUGUUCUGUUUGUCAACACUUUCUGGCAACUGACGAACCAAAUGACUCUUCUUAAUGACACUGUCAAGGAGCUUCCUCUCCGCAUUGAUCUUGGUAACUUGGCUGGCUGGCAAUUCCAGCUUAUGUCUACACUCGAGACCAAUGCUAAGGAGUCCGCUCGUCAAGCUGCGUUUGGUGGCUCUCUUCCCGGUGGCGGUGACGGUACUGAGAUUGAGAUGAUCAAGGAAGUUUUCCUUGACUCCAACCCUUAUCUGCUUGGUGUCACCAUCGUGGUCAGUAUCCUGCACAUGAUUCUCGAGACUCUCGCCUUUGGAUCCGAUAUUGCCCAUUACCGCAAGAAGAAGGACAAUGUCGGUAUCUCUGUCCGCUCCAUCUUGGCCAAUGUCUUUAUGCAGGCCGUUAUCUUCUUGUACCUCCUCGACAACUCUCAAAACACCAGCUGGAUGAUUCUCGGAUCUCAGGUUGUGGGUAUUAUCAUCGAGUUCUGGAAGAUUACUACCGUUGUCAAUGUCCGCGUCCGUCCCGGUGGACCAGGAUCUUACCUUCCUUACACGAUUGCCUUCGAGGACAAGCAGCAGUUGACCGAGACUGAAGAGAAGACCAAGGAAUACGAUGAGAUCGCCUUCAAGUACAUGUAUAUCGCUGGCGUUCCUCUCCUGAUCGCGUACGGUAUUUACUCGCUAUACUACGACUCGCACAAGUCGUGGUACUCCUACAUCAUUACGACUCUGGUGGGAUCUGUCUACGCGUACGGCUUUCUCAUGAUGAUUCCCUCGCUCUACAUCAACUACCGCUUGAAGAGUGUUGCCCAUAUGCCCGCCAAGGCCAUGAUGUACAAGUUCCUCAACACCUUCAUUGAUGAUUUGUUCGCCUUCACUAUCAAGAUGCCUUUGCUGCAUCGAUUGGCGACUCUUCGCGACGACGUUAUCUUCUUUGUGUACAUAUACCAGCGAUGGGCUUACCGCGUUGACUACUCUCGUGUCAACGAGUUCGGCCAGGGUGGUGAGGAUGAGGCUAUUGAUGACAAGAAGGCCAAGGGGGAGGCCAAGGAUAAGUUGGUUGAAGAUGUCAAGGCCGAAGCCAAGACAAGUGGCUCGGAUACCGGCAGUGCCAAGAAGCGGAAGUGA